AACUAAAAGACAAGUUUGACAGUUAUAACAGAAGCCCAUGGCACUUAAAUGAGACACUGUUACACAACCAAACAUUUGUGCAACACAUUGAAAAUACACUCACAAACUACUUUUGGGAGAACACCUCACCCGAGAUACACGUGGAAACCACCUGGCUUGCCCACAAACCAGUCAUCCGCGGGGAACUGUUAAAGAGGGCCCACUUCCUCAAACACACUUCCCAUGCCCAACAGGUCACCUGGUACAAACAACUUCAUGACCUAAACAAACUAAACCAAACCCACCCAUCGCCAGAGUUAAAACAACAAAUCUCUGAUGUGCAACACAAGAUACAAUGCUUAGCUCUUACCAAGGUAGGCUACUCACUACGAAAACUCAAAGCGACACAAUACUCCCAAGGAAACAGGGCAAGCAAGAUCCUCGCACAAAGACUCAGGGACAGACGGGCUGCCUUUAAGAGAGCAUAUUUACAAACGUCCCAAGGAG